AUGGGUCAAGAGACGACCCCUCCGUGCCCGGAGGGCAUUUUCUCCCUUCUGGAUACAGAUCUGUAUAAGCUGACAAUGCAAUGCGCUAUUUUGAAAUACUUUCCCGAUAUUCAUGUUACAUAUGGCUUCACGAACCGUACCCCGGAAAUGAAGUUGACGCGGGGUGCUUAUAAAUGGCUCCUGGAACAAAUGGACAGGCUUGCUAAUGUCCGCGUGACCGACGAGGAGAUUGCUUUCCUGAAGAAGCAAUGCCCAUACUUCAACCAUGCCUACCUCCGAUACCUGACUACGUUCCAACUCAAGCCUUCGGAGCAGAUUGACAUCAAGUUCACACCUGUACAAGACACGGGUAGCGAUGACGACUUGGGAGAUAUUGAAUAUAUGGUCAAGGGGCUUUGGGUUGAGACUAUCCUUUACGAGAUCCCACUCCUCGCCCUGACAAGUCAGGCGUACUUCAUGUUCACCGACAAGGAUUGGGAUCAUAGCAACCAAGAGGAAAAGGCCUUCCGCAAGGGCUGCACUUUGCUCGAGAACGGAUGCAUCUUCUCCGAAUUCGGCUCCCGACGUCGACGCGAUUACCAUACGCAGGACUUGGUCAUGCAGGGGCUAUGCCGGGCUGCUGAAGAGGGAAAGCGACAGGGCUGGAAGGGUGUCUUGUCUGGGACCAGCAAUGUGCACUUUGCGAUGAAGUAUGGCGUGACUCCCAUCGGUACCGUGGCCCACGAGUGGUUCAUGGCCAUCGCUGCGAUCACGGAUGAUUACGAGAAUGCGAACGAGCUGGCUCUCCGCUACUGGCUCGGAUGUUUCGGCGAAGGGGUCCUCGGUAUCGCCCUCACCGAUACGUUCGGUACCCCGGCUUUCCUCGACGCCUUCCGGAAGCCGAUCCCUCACCAUACCAGCGCAGGUGUCGGCGCCGUCUCCACAAUUGCAUCGGGAGCGGGCACAACAAGCGAGUCGCAGCCUCAGAGUGAGGCCGAAACCAAACCCCCAAUCACCGCUCCCCUCCACGAGAACGACUCCCAGCAUUCUCCGAAGACAUAUGCGCAAGUCUACACGGGCGUCCGUCAGGACUCUGGCGACCCAACCUACUUCGUCAAGAUGGUCCGCGACUUUUACGACAGAGAAGGGAUCAAAGAGAAGAAGACUGUCGUGUUUUCAGAUUCGCUCAACAUCGAGCACUGUCUUGAGUACAAGACCAUUGCCGAGGAGGCUGGCUUCGCCCCCAUCUUCGGUGUCGGGACCUUCUUCACGAACGAUUUUACGAAUAAAUCUGACGGCAAGAAAUCAAAGCCACUCAACAUCGUCAUCAAGAUCGCUACGGCUAACGGCCGCCCGGCCGUCAAGCUGAGCGACAACAUGGGCAAGAACACGGGCGACAAAAAUAUGGUGCAAGAGGUGAAGAAGAGGCUAGGAUACAUCGAGCAAUACUGGGAAGAAGGCGAUGAGAGCAAUCGCUGGGCAAAGCAGAGAUAG